UAAUUCGAUUCAUAUGCAUCUUCGCUUAUAUUAGAACUAUACCUGCUCAAAGAGAUGUUGAUUUUAACGAUUUAUGCUUAUUGAUACAUUAUCCUGGCGUAUUCAAUGUAUAUAAUACAGAUGGGAGAAUAGAAUACUCUGAACUCUAUCUACAUAAAGAGAAUAAUUCGAUAAUAUCCUAUAUCCAAGGGGGUGAUGGGUAUAUAAAUACAUAUUCAAUAAACAACACCAUUUACAAAACUUUGUGGAUAUUUGAAAGUUUUGAAUUGUCGAACCUAAUGAAUUUAUAUGAAUUCAAUCAAAAAUUAAAAAUUGAAGCUAAAGUCGAAUUCCAAUUGAAUAGCAAUGGUUCAACGAUUGUGAUAUGUAUGUUAUCGUUAAAGAGUGGCAGGCCAUACAAAUGUAUUCAAUUUAGGAACACAAAUAUUACAAUAUUUAUUAGCGAUAAUUUGGUAUCAGUAAAAAAGAAACAUGCAAACAUUACAAUUAUAGACAUAUAUUUAAAUCAUAUCGUAUACAGUUUAUCUUGGAGCUUACCCAGAAACAAUUAUUAUCAAUACACUUUUAUAGGUGGAAAUAUUAAUAUAUCUUCCAUUCUUACAAAUUGCAUAUAA